AUGUCUUCCUUUCCCGACUACUACGAGCUCCUCGGAGUUUCUCACACCGCUUCGAUAGACGAGAUACGCACGGCUUACAAAAAGGAGUCGCUUCGGACGCACCCCGACAGGCUCGUGAAUGGCACCGCGGCGGAGAAGAAGGCUGCUACGGAACGGUUCCAGGCGGUAGCCGACGCGUACUACGUCCUCUCGGACGGCAGUCGGCGCAAAGAGUACGACUCGUUGUACUCCACCCGUCGCCCCCGCGACCGCACGGCGCAGCCGGACGCGUCCGCGAACUUCUUUUCCGCGUUUGCGAACAUGUUCGGGAGCAAGACGGAGGGCGCGGCGAACCCCACCGGUGCGACGGCGGGGGACCGCCCCGACGCGGACCACGUAUUCGCCAGCGUCUUCGAGGAGGUCGAGCGACACGCGCCGUGGUGGGCCUGGUUCGGCGCCGUCUGUGGCGCGGGCCUUGGCUUCAUCAUCGCCAACGUACCAGGGCUCAUGGUCGGAGGGUACGCGGGAAACCGCCUUGGGGCCAUCCGAGACGCGAAGGGCAAGAGCGUCGCGGCGGUCUUUGCGCAGCUGGGGGGCUCCCAGAAAGCAGAGAUCCUUCGCACUCUCGCGGCGAAGGUGCUCGGAGCUGCUGCGAGCGGCAUGUGA